AUGGCGAAUAUCGAUAAUCUUCGAACUAUGUAUAACAACAGAGAGCAAAGAGGUAAACAAAGUGCAAAUAAAAAAAUUUUGAUUAUCACUUCAGUUGAUGAUGACGCUAAUAAUGACAAUUUUCUUUCAUGUUUGAAUUCGACAACUGUUGAAACGAUUGUUGUUAAUUUAAAUAAUAAAAAUAUGACUGAUACAUAUUCAACUCAAAACAAAAGCAAUAAACGAUCUCUAGCGUCAUCGGGAAAUACAAAACUGAAUGAUUCUUCACAAAACGGAACUGUCAAAAAACGUAAAGCCGAUUUGACCUGUGCCAUUUGUCAAGGCCAUGCUUUCGGUUAUAAUUUCGAUCAAAUUUCAUGUGAAUCUUGUAAAGCAUUUUUUCGUCGUAAUGCAUUUCAUGAAAUAGAAAAAACUAAAUGUUUUAAUCCAAACAAUAUUUUAAAUGGAAUUCGGUGCAUUAUUCGAUAUGACGCUAAGCAAAAAUGUCAACGCUGUCGUUUACUUAAAUGUUUUGAAUCAGGUAUGCGUAAAGACUUUAUAUUAACGCCAGAACAGAAACGGUCAAAACAGCAAUGUCUGACAGAAAAUCGUCGUAUUCGUUCAAUGCUAACUAGUAGCGAUGCUAAUAAUAUACAAGAUACGAAGCCUGAAAAAUCUCCUAGUACAUAUAAUAAGUGUGACCCAGCAAUUGAUUUCUCAUCAUCUUCAUCAUGUUAUCUUACCGAAGCUGAUUGGUCUUGUUUACAUUAUAUUCAACAUGCUUAUCUAUCUUCGUUACAAUCAAGUCCAUCGGCUUCAUCUGUUAUUUCACUUGAAUUAGCACCUGAUAAAAUGUCCGCAUAUAUGAAUACAUUGGAUAUACAAAAUUUUGCUGCUGUUAAAUUAAUUAAUUUUAUAAGACAAAUUCCAGAAUUCGAAGAACUUGACGAAAGUGACCGUUUACUAUUGGUUAAAUAUAAUUUAAUUUUACUUUUUGCUAUACGUCAUGCAUUAACAUUUGAUACAACACGUGAAGUCAUUUAUGAUGAUAAUAUAAAUAGUUCAGUUUCACCAGCUGAGGAAGCAUUUGCUCAUCAUUGCAAGAGUCUAUACAUUCUUUGUUAUGGUUAUGAAUUUAAUCGUUUGUUUACAUCUAUUCUUCAUACAAUUGUUAGUUUAGUUGAUAAUGAUCCAGUAAUUGCUCAAUUAUUAAUGCUUAACAUGAUAUUUUUAAAAGGUUUAUCGGCUAUUGAUGAUCAAGAAUCUUCGUUGAAUGAUGGUCAACGUGUAUUCCAUGCUCAUACCAAAUAUACGAAUUUACUUUUCCGUUACUUAAUCGAACGAACAUCAUUUGAUACUGCCGUAACCAAACUCAUGCGUAUUAUUGAAUUAUUAAUCAAAAUCCAAAGAUUGACACGAGACUUUCAUCAAUAUAUAAAGAGUAAAGUUGAUGUUAAUUACGUAAACCCAUUAAUGAAAUCACUCCUACAUUUAUCAUAA